CUUUCAUUGGUGGGACACUCAAAAAAAAAAAAAAAAAAAACCCACACGUGAAGUGUUUUGUUGUUGACAGCUGAUAUCUGAAGAGAAUCUUUUGCGAACUCAAAAUGACCAGGUGGGCCCGAGCGAACAACGUCCAUAAACACAAAGCAGACGCCACACCAUGGAAGCAGCUGAAGGCGAGUGGGAAUGCAGGAGAAGCGGGAACAAGCGCCGGUGGCCGACACUUCCAGCGGGGACAGGGCGUAAAGAAACACAACCCGAGAAAGAAGCAACGAGUGCAUGACAGUGACGACGUGAACGGGUUUCUGGAGUAUUUAAAGCAGACUGGUCAGACACCUGCAGGCCAGGAUCUGAGAGAAGAAGUGGCCACGGCACUGAAGAAAGAUGCACGACGAGAGCACAGACGGAUAAAGAGACAAAACGACAAAAAGAACAAUAUGAUCUGCUUCAACUGCCGGAAGCCUGGUCACGGUCUCGCUGACUGCCCGGAGGCGGAUAACGAUGAAGAGAUGGGCCGCGGGAUCUGUUAUCGGUGUGGAUCUACCGAACAUGAGAUCCAGAGAUGUCGUGCUAAAGUGGAUCCUGCCAUGGGUAAUUACCCAUAUGCCAAGUGUUUUAUCUGUGGUCAGACUGGACAUCUGUCCAAAGCCUGUCCUGACAACCCAAAGGGACUGUAUGCUGCAGGUGGUUGCUGUCGGGUUUGUGGCUCAGUGGAACACUUUCAGAAAGACUGUCCUGAACAUCAGGACUCAACUAAUUCCAUCACCCUCGGCCGGCUAUCCAAUAGAAUCAGCGCUGACCAUGAGGACGUCCAUGUGCCUAUGAAGAAAGCACAACCAAAAAAAAAAGACAAGGUGGUGGUGUUCUGAUCAACAGCUGACUGAGGGGAAAUAUAGAAAUGGACUAUUUAAACAAUCACUGUUCAUUUAGAUUUGGUGUCUGCAAUCAUGGACCGGUGAUUGACCGCCAGCCUGAGAUGUUUUCAGACACAAACAAAAGUGACUGUACCUGUUUUAAGACCAUUAACUUGCUGUUAAAAAUCCUCAUGAUAAAGUUGCCUGAUGGUUAUAAACUUCA